AUGUCUCUAACGAGUGUGAAGAUGUCGGAGGAAGUGUGGGUGACGUGUCUGACCCAUGCAUUGUCGACUGAGACCGAGGAAAUCAUGGGCCUUCUUCUUGGUGACAUCCAGAAUUCGGAGAAUGGCAAUGUGACUGCAUCAAUAUGGGGAGCACUGCCACAGCCACGUGCUGAUAGACGCAAGGACAGAGUCGAGACCAACCCUGAGCAGCUUACUGCAGCUUCAGCUCAUGCCGAGAUAUCCUCUCUACCAUUUACUUCGAAAACAGGAAAAACAACCCGAGUGAUUGGCUGGUAUCACUCGCAUCCUCAUAUUACCGUACUCCCUUCUCAUGUAGAUGUGCGAACUCAAGCAAUGUAUCAGCUGUUGGAUCCUGGGUUCAUCGGGUUGAUAUUUUCUUGUUUUAGUGAAGACGCCCAAAAGGUGGGAAGGAUUCAAAUCACAGCCUUUCAGUCGCUGGACAGAAACCAGGCUCAGAUUUCGAAGCCCGUUUCUCUUUUUCCAGUAAAACAAAAAGGAUCUGUUAUUGAUCUAGAAUCAUCUCUUAGUUCUUCAGAUAAUACCGUUCUUGUGUUUAGAGGAGAAAGAAUUGAACAAGACACUGCUGAUUCGAGAGCCAUUGUUAUAUCUUCAAAGAAUGGAAAAAAAUCUCGCCGCUUGGGGGGUUUCUUUUCAAAUUCUGAUGGGAGAAAGGAAAGGAAACACCAUGCAAACAGUUUAAAUAAUUCAGUUCAUAACGUGGAUGCCAUGGAAGUUUCAGAAGGUAUGAAAGAGGCAAUCCAUCUGUCGAGUAUGGAGAUGAGUCAGGCCGAGUUUGCGAGGAAGGAAAUAUCUCUUCAUGUUUUGCCUAUAUCGACUCUUACAAGUCUCGAUUCUCCUUUGUCUUCAUUUGCUUUUCUCCAACACGUACUGUAUGAAGAGGAAAAGACUGCAUAUAACCAAGCCAUUGCACAGAAUACAAGGGAAAAUAAGGUUCAUCCUCUUUCUUAUAUUCACCACACCUCAACAUAUCAGGCUUCCAUGUGCAAGAUGAUCGAGUAUUGCUUAAGUCCUGCCAUCACUGCUCUUCAAGAUCGUUUGAGGGAAAACGAAAUCCAGUUAGAAGCGCUUUCUGAAGAAGCCCAAGUUCUUGAAUCCGAGCUCUCGAGAGGAAGCCUGUCAGUUUCAUCUCCGCUCCAAAGGGCUACGAAACAAAAGUCUGUUUCGUCUGAACUGAUGUAA